CCAGGGCGAGCUGCAGCGUCCGAGAGCUGACUCUACAGCUUUACGGGCGAGAAACGAACAACGCAGGGACCUGAGCUCUCUCGCCACGCAGUCUCACCUAUCUUCCCGUUUUCCAUCCUCCCUGUUAUUUUUCACCCGGCCGUUGCUCCGUCGUUCUCUUCCUCGUUCUUGCUGUGUCUCUAUUGAUUUUUUUUAUAUCCACGUGACCAUAGCUAGAUAUUAGUUACUUUGUUAGUCAGCAUCGGCUUUUUGACGCUUUUCUGCACGUCGAGGAAGAAGCAAACCACAAAUCAACAGCGACAGGAAAGGCGUAUGUCGACGAUACGGAGCUGAAAGGGGAACCGGCAGGCAUCUGUUUACGUGGAGAAAGUGAGUGCCGGAAAGGAUUGCUGUAGAGGAAGCGCGUGGAAGGCAAGAGAGCAGAGAUGGCCCCCAAAGCCAUCAAGGGCGAAUAUAUCGAGACCGAUACAGGGAAUAAGGUCUCUCGUCGCAACCAGGUACACGGAACACAGCAUAUCAUUCUAGGCGGCAAGACAGUCAUCCAGGCGGACGUCUGUAUCCGUGGUGACCUCUACCGCCAGCAGCCAGCAACACCAGCAGCAGCACCGUCAGGAGCGGCCGGAUCGAAAUCUGCCACCAACACGCCCUCGAUCGCGGUAACUAUCGGUCGCUAUACAUAUCUGUCUCGGUCAUGCCUGCUGCGGCCUCCAUCCCGACUCCAUCGCGGUGUGCAUUCGUACUACCCGCUAAAGAUGGGCGACCAUGUCUUCGUUGGGGAGAACUCAGUCGUUGAGGCGGCCACGGUAGGAAAUCAUGUCCACAUUGGACGAAACGUGGUUGUAGGAUCAAUGGCUAUUCUGAAGGACUAUGUCGUUUUGCUAGACGGAGUGGUUGUUCCCGCAGGCAUGGUCGUGCCCAGCUGGUCUGUCGUUGGCGGAGCUCCUGCAAGAGUUGUUGGCGAAGUUGGCGAGGGCUACGGUGUUGAAGGAGCGGAGGGCGGAAUGGCCAGGGAGAGAUAUAGACUGGUAGGGAGGUGAUGGCCAUAUUCCACCACGGUGAACACCGACCGCCAUCCCCCCACUGAGCCAGUUACAUAAGUGGAGAUACAACCCCCGUCGCCCAGCGCGCAUCCUCCAGGCCAGAAUAUGCAUGGCUAAGACGUUGAGCCGGGGAAUAUACGGGCAUUCCGCCUCGGCGCAUUUCCCUCCGUAAACCAUAUCAACUCGUGUUGGAAGAGGAGCGCAUCUACAUAGCUCUAUCGCUCAAACAAAGGGUCAUUGGUACUCAGGAGCCUAUACAAGCGACAGAGCCUAUAAUCGUAUGUAUCAACAGGGCGCUAAACGGUGUAAUCCGAACAUGCAUGACACGCGCUUGCGAGUAACAAGCCUGUGGCACCACCAUGCAGGCAGAUCCGCUUGUCAUAUAUUAACCUCUCUGAUCAGUCGAGCAGGUUGAAGCAAGUCCCAAAUUUAACUAUUUGCUCAGCUUCAAAAUGUCCGAGGCAAGCAGGAAAUAUUGAGCCGAGGUUGUUGACUCUGACUAAGUAAAAUAUAAAACAACGAAAUGACACCAUGAUGACUACGAAAGAAGAAGCGUCUAUCAUGGAGUAUUCAUGUGGAUAAUACGACGUCAAAAGGGACCUGAAGAGCUUGUCCUGUCUUGUCUCGCCUUGUCCUCUCCCUCUGGCCAGCUGCCGGAGAUUCAUCAGGGCGGGUGGAGCUAGUGACGGCUAUCCGGCAGGGGAUGAAAAAAAAUUUCUCUGGCAAUCGCUACGAUAUUAUUGCGAUACGAUUCAGCGGUCAUAUCUUCUGCCUCACUGACUACGGUCGAAGAUAGCGUGCGGUCAGUGGGCGCAGUCCUCGACUACCUUGGAGAAGUAUCAACGGCCACCGGAAUGCCUGCGGAUGGGCAUGCCUAAAGCUCCUGGCCAUCAUAAGCUUACCCAACUGGCCUCUCUGGGCAGGUCAGAGCCCCUUUCUCAUCCAUGCCCUGGGCUUUACGUAACUGCGACUCGCCCCACGGAGUAGAUCAACCCUGGCGUCUCUCAUUUCAUCUCUGGCCUGAAUAGCCAAGCAAAUGCCGGCAAGGACAGAGUUCUCUGGCCGGAGUAGAGAUGUCUAUCGACUGUUCUUCGCAGAUAUGAAAAAUGCCUAUCAGUCUGCAAGAUGCCUUUCAUAGCCUCAAGCCUAGGCACUACCUGUCGCUGCCAGAUAGAUAGACGAGAUAUCGACGUCCUUAACGCCCUGAUAAAGCAUGACGAAUAUCAGACCCAACUUUUCUGAUCUCGAGGCCAACCGUCUCCAUGUGAAAUCCAGCAACUUCAUAGGCUCAAAGGCCGAGAAAGAAAACUUAGUUCUAUUUUUCAUUCUUUUUUUUUCACAGGCAAGAAAUUUUCCAAGUGGAUGCGACCCCCAGUAAGUUAAACCCACGCCGGGCCUGCGAAGAGACAG